AUGUUCUCGGGCGUGUCGGCGAGGUACUUUACGGUUGCUCGAUCGCGGCCUCCCAUUAGCGCUUACUCCGACGCGCUUGCCGCCGUGGCCGUUAUCGACGAGCUCGAGCCUAAGCAGAUAUUGGGACUGUUUUUUGGAAUCGAGGAAGUUAGGCUUUGGAAGUCAUUCAAAGAUAGACUGGAAUCGAUCAUGGUGAUGCUUGAUAAGCGUUACAUUGCUGAUACUUGUUUUGCGUGGUUGAGAGAGUGCAUCAUCCUCAAAAAGAGCAAACGAAGAGUGCCACUCAAGGACACCGUCAGCUACUUGUUCACCCUCUUCACAGCCUCCACCUCCUGCUGCUUCAUUACCAACCCGUCAAACAAGAUCAACUCUUGCAUCUUUUUUGUGACCGGACAGCAAGUGUUCCUCCUCAGAGACAUUGAGUCCAAGGAUGUUUCUCAAGCGGGACAUGAGGGUGAGGGAGACGAAGGGACCGCGUUUGCGGAUAGACAUGAGGUGGUGGAUUUUGAGGACAAGGUAGAGUCUUUUGAGGUGGGUAAUGAGUUUCUCGAAGAGGGGGUCUCGUACUCAGUCCUCCAAACGGGUUUGGGCGGAAACGUGGGUUCUUCCAUCGAAGUGGGGGUCUCGUACUGUGUCUGGGACUAUACAAGAUAUUCAUUGCAUUGA